AUGAGGUUGGUCGCAGCUGUUUUGCUUGUGAUCAUGGUAGCCAUUGCUGUGUGUUGCGUUGCAGCUGAUGGGUCACGCCAAAAAGAUGGUGGGGUGGUUCUUCCCCGGAAACUGAUGGGCCGGAAGGGCUGGAAUGAGACGGACUCAGAGCAGCUCCAACGGAAAUUGCACGAAGAGGAUGAUGAUGACGAUGAAGAGGAUGAUGAUCAUGAUGAUGAGGAAGACCAUGAUCAUGAUGAUCAUGAGCAUCAUGAACAUGAACAUGACCAUGACCAUGAUGAACAUGAGCAUGACGACGACCAUGAUGAACACGAUUGUGAUGACAAAGAUGAUGAUAAUCACCAUGAGCAUGAACACGAUCAUGACCAUGACCAUGACCAUGACAGCGACCAUGAGCACGACCAUGACAGCGACCAUGAGCAUGACCAUGAUCACCAUGACCAUGACAGUGACCAUGAUCAUAGCCGUGAGUAUGACCGUGAGUAUUAUCAUGAUCGCACAUACUGGGAAGGUGGAGAUGGUCAUAGACACAAUGGGCAUGGCGAGGGUGAGUUUGAUCGCCAGAGGCCACCAUUGAUGUUCUAUGGGCGUGCGACCAAGGGAUCAAAGCUUGUCCUCUGGGUGCUACUUCUCUUCAUAAGCCUGCCCUGUUGGGUGGCAUUUAUGUCUUAA